CCAGGAAUUCCAGGCAAAUGCAGGGUCACCAACGAACCCUGUUCCUUAACGAUUCCACAUUUUACCCUUGUUUUAAAUAUCUAAGAUUUAAAUUAGAGAAAAUUUUUAAGGUCUCUCAGAAUUUACUAAUCCGAGUUAUUUAUGUACUGAACUACGAUAUUGAAAUGGGGUAAUUUUCAGAAAGGUGACAUUAUUUGUAAGGGUCCAUAAAUCUCCUAACAUCGCAUAUUUAAAUACAAUUUUAGACAAACCAUAAUAGGCUAAUUCUCUAAAGGGUAGCAUUAUUUGUAAGGGUCAAUCCGUAUAAGCACCACAUAUUUAAAUACAAGUUUAUCUACACUAACCAUGUGAAGGCAUGGGCAAGUGAAGGGUCACAUAUUUCACUCUUUUAAAAAGGUACCCUUCCUCCUUCCCACGGCUCAUUGUUUCUCCAACCAACCGUCUAAACUCACCUCUCGUAAAAAAUUCUGAAUUUCAAUAUAAAGAUUUCCAAAUUUUUAAAUUUUCUCGCCAUGGUGACACCAUCUGAGCCACCGAAGUGCCCAACCCGCCUUGAUCUCUGCAUCCACGACAUUUUUCUAUGCGUCCUUACAGUACUUGCGCUACUUGGGACAGUUAUAUUCUGUCUUUUGCACCCUCAACGCCCCGAGAUCCUGCUUUCGCCCGAUGGCGCCACGUGGCAGGCGGCACAUUGGUCAAAGCAUGAUGCAAAGUCUCCUCCGAGUAGUAAUAAUACCACCCAGGUGAUAAUCAGUUUGACCCAGGUAACAGCAGAACUGACACGGGGGGAAGAACUGUCCCUGAAUUUCUUGCUCCUGCAAGAAUGGAGCGAUCCCAGGUUGAUCGUCCGUGAUGGGGAAAAUGGUCCAACUGUGCAAAAUAUUGAGGCGAUUAAGGGAAAUGGUGCUCCAAUUGGAAUUUGGAAACCAUCCCUUGGAUUGGCACCUACCCACGUCGCGGAUAAAAGCACAGAAGAAACCUGGCUCUCGAAGGACGGAAGGGUGUUUCGAAGUCAACCACUCACCUUUAUCGUAUCCCCGUAUCGGUCCACUUCCGAAUAUUUUAUCAACAUUUUCACUACCCGGGAAUUUUCCACCGGGGCGGUCGCCUUGACCUGGGACAGUCUCGAUGGAAGGAAUCCGCUCAGUUUCAAGAACUCAACGCUCGGAAUAGCACCUAUCGUGAGAGGAGAAGGGUUACAAAAUUCGCGACUCCUGUAUACGACGGGGCAUUGUGAGAUGACAUACCGUGCUACAUCUUUGAAGCGAAGCUGCCUCCAGGUUCGAUUCAAGCUGGAGAAGAUUCCAACCUUGUACCCGUCUAAGGACCUCGUCUUGUAUUUCCUGUCCGGGAUCAUAUUUUGCUUGGUGGUAUUUCUUAUAAUAAUAAUUAUUUGUGCAUGUAAGCAAUAGUGGGUUACACUUAUUAAAAAAAUAUUCAAAACUCAUUCAAAUUAAAAAUUGAAAAAAGUUAUUUUUUGAUUAUUUCAAAAUCUAAUCUUUCAUAUCUA